AUGUCACGGUCGAUCGACUCGUCCAGUUCUCGGAUGCUUCCAUCCCCGAUUACGAACUUCGUGACACCAUCUUCCUCAUUUUCAAGUCAUCAGAUGCACGAUAUCUAUUCAUUAGCUGCCAGUUAUCUUCAAGCACCACCACCACCCUACACACCAACAACCACGUUCCAUCCACACAAUGCACAUCAACUACUAUUACUUCACAAUAUGACCGCAGCGGCUCAGGCACCAGAAGAUCCAGAUAUAGACGUUGUUGGUCUUACAGACACCACUAAUCUAGUAUCAUUGAAUGAUAAAGAAGAGGAAGAGAAGCUGGAUCAAACAAUGACAUCCGAGGAAUCCGAUAGAAUCAGCAUAUCCACAACUGAAGAAAGUGGGCCUCUCGAUUUGACUUUCAAGCCUGCCUCGUUGGAUUCUCCAACUUCUUCCUCAUUUGUUCCAUUGAGACCAUCAGUGAUCAUUGACCAUCACAUCUCUAAACCACAUACAUCCGUUCGUCGAUCCAUGUCAUCUGUUUCGUCGUCAGCAUCAUCUACACAAGAAGAAGUGGCCAAUCACUUCCGUCGAUCGUUAUCCGGAAAGUGGCCAAAACGAUGCAAAGUGAAUUCAGAAGAGGCUCGAAGCUCCCCACUUCGUCGUCGCCCAUCAUUCAACACUCAUACUUCUGUAUCAUCACUUUCUGUUCAUUCUGUAUCUCCAACUCCACCGAAUCCACCACCAGCACAGACGAUCAUCGUCAAUAAUCAUUGUACCGAUACAUCUUUAUCGGUAGCUGAUCACUUCCGUCGUGCUCUUUUUGGAAAAGGACUCUUCGAUUUCCAGAGGAAAUCCGACAAAUGA